AUGUCAACUGAUCAAAACGCUGCUCCAGAAUGGUUCAAAAAUCAAGCAGCUGGUGCUGUGGUUCUGAUUUUGAAUCUUAAGGCUAGAGAGUUCAAGUUGCCUGAAUCCAUUAAAAGAAUGAGAAACCUGAGGGUUCUUAUUCUCACCAAUUAUGGUGUGGAAUAUCAAACUGAAUUCACAAACCCAGGGCUGCUUGCUUCUCUAGGGAAACUGAGGAGGAUCAGAUUGCAGCAGGUUUCACUUCCUUACCCAUGCAAACUGAAGAACGUGCGCAAGUUAUCUCUUUACAUGUGUAAAGUGAGGGAGGCUUUUGAAGACAACUCUUUGGAAUUCUCAAAAGCAAUGCCGAGUCUGGUUGAGCUGAACAUUGAUUAUUGCAAAGAUUUGGAGAGGUUGCCUGCUGGGUUUUGCAAUAUAACCACAAUGAAGAAGCUGAGCAUCAGUAGUUGCCACAAGUUUGUUGAACUUCCCCAAGAAAUUUGGAAACUUGAGAAGUUGGAGUUGCUAAGAAUUAGUCACUGCGCUGAGUUUAAGGAGAUGCCGGAGUCAAUCACUUGGUUGAAGAGUCUAAUCUUUCUCGAUAUCUCAUACUGCAUAAAGCUUGAGAAAUUACCGGACAAUUUGGGAGAGCUAAGGAGCCUAAAACAGCUGUAUAUGACGAAUUGUCCAGUAAAUAAAUUGCCAGAGUCGGUCGUCCACAUGGAACAAUUAGAGAUUGUGAUAUGCGACGAAAAUACUUAUGUUUAUUGGGAAGAUAUCAAAGCUUGUCUCAACAGAGGACUAUACAUAAAGAAGGCCGCGCAAAAUGCAGACUUAAAUUUUCUUUUCUGA